UCGCAAAAACAGAAUGAGGCCGCAUCGCGCAUCGCCACAGUUGGGACGGAACGAGACGGGACAGGCAGAGCGAGCGAGGGAGCAAGACCAAGACAGAGACCGAUUCCGACCUAAACCGAGUUGCUACCGAGUCGAGUCGAGUCGAGUCCAUGGCUGUGCAGCAGCAGAGACGCAUUUGCGUUGGAACAAUCGUCAGGGACAGUGGACUAGUGAAGGAGGCACCAGAGCAGAGCUGCUGCUGGGCAUUGUCAGUGGAAUAGAAUUGAAUUGAAUUUGGGUUGGCAACAGAGUCCCAAGGGUGCAGGUCGGUCGGUCAUUCAUGGCGGCUGUCCGUCCAUCCAGAACUCCUGCAGCAGUUUUCCAACCACUCUGAUUGAAAGUUUCCGUGUGCGGCAUUAAUUGAAAGUGGCAGGCAGUCGGUCGGUCGGUGGUGGGUGGUUUUGGUUGCAACAAGUAACGCGAGGCACGGUUGUUGGUACGUGGCACUCCCACUCACUGACUCUCUGCCACUCGCUGUGACCUUGGCCUGGUUCGAAAGAGGGGCAACGAGAGAGAGGGCGAGAGAGAGAGAGCACAGCAACAGCAGCAGCAGCAGUACAGGCCACUUGGCUUAAUUGCAUUUGCCGUCAUCGCACAUGGUCGAGGAGGUCAGCUGCCUGAGACAGACUGGCAGCAGCAUCGGCAUUGUCGUCGCUAUGCCCAGCCCAAGCGUAUCGAAUACAGGAAACGCAGGUGUAGCAGCAGCACCCACCACAGUGGUCCCCUCCACUGGUGGCAUACAUCAUCAGACGCAUCAGCAGCAUCAGCAUCAACAGCAGCAGCAGCAGCAGCAACAUCAUCAUCAACCUCAUCAGCCGCAUCAGCAGCAGCACCACCACCAACAGCAGCAGCAGCAGCAGCUCCAUCAUCAUCCGCAGCAGCAGCAACCACACCAACAGCAGCAGCAGCCACAUCAUCAGCUUUCCGGAAAUAUGAGCUUGCUGAGUGUCAAGGGCGGACGCUAUUUGUGGACAGAUCGGGAGCUGUUGAUGCAUUUACAGAACUACACGCCGUUGAUUCUGCUGAUCGACUUUGUGGAGAAGACACGCACCAAACGCUUCUACGAGAACUCCGAACGCUACGAGAUACUCAUGCUGGUGUUUAUCAUGCGGAAGGGGGCGCCGUUCUGUGAGAAUAAACGCUUUCCGGGUGAAUACUGGGUGAAUCUGUCGGUGGGCCCAAUUGCCGAGGCAUUCGAUCGCCUGCAGGCGGCCAUCGAUAUACCCGAUCCACAGCUGCCCAUCCACAUGAGUGUGACGGAUCUGACCAGCUGGAAGCAGAUGUUCGAUGUUGCCAUGAUGGAUAUCCGACGGUUUGCCUACUACACGGACCCCUUACAGCUGGCCGAUGCCGGUGUCUAUAAUCGGAUCACAUUUGAGCAGCGUUUUGGUAUGCAGUGGCAGGAGUAAAGUAAGGAUCCAAAGUAUUAAACAAAAAGAAACACACACACAUCACAUAGUGGUUGAAUUAUUGCGUUAAUAAAUAUAAAUAAAUAGAUAUGCAUAGUGGAAUUAAACAGAACUGUGCCUUCUCCCACAACACCACCACCACCACCCCCUGUAGUACCAUAGCCACACUUUCUUUCAAUUCGGAAAGCACAACACACACACACACACCCCUCUGGAUAUCUGGUAGUUGUCUAUUGUAAUCAAUGCUUUAAUAAACAUUACUGUUCUACUGUUGCAAAUCAAAGGAAAUCUCGCAUAA